GAACUUGGCCAGGCACCGAAAGGCCUUGGGUCAUGUUGGCCGGGUCAUUGCGACGACUUUCGAGUCACUGGAAGUUCUGAGAGAGAGAUAUUCUGAAAUAGACGAGACUAUUGCAGUGCUGGAGAAGCAUUUCGCCGAAGUUCACCAUGAAGUGGACUGCACGCGGAUUGCAGUCCAUGCAGAGUUCAAAGACUUGGAACGUUCCCUGGGAGCUGUCUACUACAAUUUUCCGCAUGCAGGAGCUGUUGGUGGCUUCUUUGACGGCCAUCCACUGGUCAACUGGCGCCAUGAGAACCUGAUGCGCUUAUUCUUCAGGGCGUUACGCGCCUAUGUCAAGCCAGGUGGCGUAGUGAAGGUCGCAUCGAACCAGGGAGCGGUUGGCGUCCGGUAUUCCUACAUCAUCUGUUCGGCCGCAGAGAAUGAGUUUCGGCACGUGGAGACCGUACCAUUUCUGCAGUGGAGUUUGCACCGCUACGGCCGGUCUUAUGGAGAUCGUCGUGAUACUUACAGACGGCCAGAUGAGGGGGAGGGUUACAACGUUCAGCGCGCUGAAAAGGACAUGGUGUACACAUUCAAGUAUGAGCCCAGCGGUCGCACGCUGCCUCCACAAGAUAUCCGCUUGCCGCCGACCUUCAAGACAAUUGAGGCAUGUCCAGACGGAGCCUUUGAGGGCAUGAGCGGCGAGUCAAGGAAAAACCUGGCAAAGCAGCUCUACAAACGCUUCAUGCUGGAGUGCUCCGGGAUCCACGUUGGCUGA